AGCGCCGCACCGCCCGCCCCGCGCCGGGCACAGCGCGGGCAGCACCGGACAGCGCCGGCAGCCCCGCAGCGCGGACAGCGCCGGGCAGGCUCUCCCCUGAGUGACAGCCAGCACCGGGCAACGCAGCAGAGAUGAACCCCACCAUCGGCAUCGCUGUCAUCCUGACAGUCCUCCAGGCCGCUCACUGCCAGAUGAUCAGGGACCUGAGUGCGUGCCUGCUGGGCCAGAGCCUUCGGGUGGACUGCCGUUACGAGAACAAAACCAGCAACCCCCUGACCUACGAGUUCAGCAUCACCAAGGACAACAGGAAGCACGUCAUCCACAGCACCAUCAGCGUCGCCGAGAACAUCUACCGGAACCGAGCCAACGUCACCCUGCAUAAGAACCUGGUGUGCCUCUACCUGCAGAGCUUCACUACCAGCGAUGAGGGUGUCUACAUGUGUGAGCUGAAGGCCACCAACGACUACACCGGCAACCAGAUAAAGAACAUCACUGUCAUCAAAGACAAACUGGAGAAAUGCGCCGGCUUCAGCCUCUUGAUCCAGAACACUUCGUGGCUCCUGCUGCUCCUCCUCUCCCUGCCUCUCCUGCAAGCCGUGGACUUCGUGUCCCUGUGAACGGCAAAGCACACGCACACACGCACGCACACACACACCGAGCACCCCAGCAAACCCGCCUCCCUUGGAAAGAGAAGCUGAAGCAUUUGGAAGCAGCAAGCCCUCUCUGUGUUCUCUCUAUCUAGCCGUGUAUCUAACGCUAAGCACCGUCCUGUGCCGAGCCCCACCAUCCCACGCACACGCGCCCUGCUCCCAAGCAUGGUGGCUCUGCUAGGCAGCGUGGCUUCUGCCAGCGCACCUCCCCACGCGGCAGCCUGCCCGGCUGGCUCAUGCUGGGGGCACUGGAGCCUCAGCCCUGCACAGCCCGCUUCUCCCAGCCCUUUACCUCUUGGGGUUUGCCUGUUCUCAGCUGGGGAAAGACAGCUGGAUUGGCAGGUAAGAGAGAGAGGUGAUGCAAGAGUGUGCAGAGGGGUCCUCGUGCCAGGUGCCCACCGUGCCCAGGGGAGAGGGGAGUGUCUCCAGCCAGCCCUGCCUGCUACCCAGAUGACUUGCUGCUUUCUCAGCCUGCUCCCUGAGUCACCCUGAGCUGCUGCAACAGGCGAGUGGCACAAGGCAAGUCCUGUCUCAGAGCAAGCAGGGAAGAGACAGAGGGAGCAGGGGAGGUGUGGGGUGAUGCUGGGCCUGGCCAGGCUGCGGCGAGGGAGAGAAGCAGGUCUAGGAGACACCCAUCAAAUGCCCCUGCCCCCUUAGGGCUCCUCUGGGGCCCUGGGAGGGGGCUGACUGCAAAUGUGCUUUGGCAACAAGUUUUUCCUAAUCUGUUUUUUACAGCUGAGCUGGAAGUGAAGCCUCCUCCAGACAUCAUCUGGCACCUUUGGGCUCCUGAGCCUGAGACACCACUUACUCUCCCCAGGGACCAGCCCUUAGCUGUGACGAGAGAAUUGCUGCCAGCACCCACUCUCAGUGGAGGCAAGCAGAGCCUCUCUGAGCUAGCCACAGCCCUGCCUUUUCCCCUGCUCCCCUCCCCAAGGUCCCCAGAGCUGGAUCCAGGCAGCCUGCUGGGGAGGGAGCUCCCUGCAGGAGCGUGACCCCAAGAUCUCUGCAGAGAGCCCUCUGCACUGUCACCCUGUCUUCCCUGAGGGAGCAUCUGCAACCCAGAUCUUUCCUUCUAGCACACAUCCCAGUGCCUGGCUCUGGAUAGGCACAGCAGCCUUCCUCCAGUGCAGUCUUCCUCCAGUCUCACCAUGCCCCCUCCCUUCCCUUCUCUUUCAGCAUUCCCAUGUCUCCGUUUAAGAGCAGAACAGAGUCUAAGGGCAGCCCAGCUCUUGGCCACUGCCUCAGUAUGGCCAGGACUUUCCCAGGGGUCAGCAAGAGCAGGGAGAGGGCUGCUGAGCACAGCCCAGGUCAGCAGCCCAGGCCUGCCCCAAUACCCUGCAGACCCAGAGGAGCUAGUGGGCUGCUCCCCAGCCUCCCUGAAACUCAACAGCUCCCAGGCAAGGAGCAUCCCGAGACCAGAGGAGCAGCUCUGCCCCAGAGGAGGGCACAGGGGCAAGGGGAAGAUGCAGGCAGGAGCAUCAGGGUCCAGGGGUUGAACCACAGACCCGCUGAGCUCCUUGUGCCUCCUGGGCUGUGCCACCACAGCUGAGAGCGAUUCACAGCAGCUGCUUCCCACUCCUUGCUCUUCCCCAGACAAUGUGACCUGCCUCCUGCCCCCACCCCAACCCCCUCAUGCCCAUUCCCUGCCCAUCCCUGCCUGCUUGCUUGCUGUCUCGUGCUGCUGAGGCUGUGUAUAGCUGAGGUCUGCCUGUGCCUGCUCUCUGGGCUUGCUGGUGACAGCUGAGCCCAGAUGGCACAGUGCAGAUGCGUCUCGACUCUCAUUUUUUGGUGAACAUUUGUAGUUGUUUCCACAGCUUGUCAUAAAAGAAAUUCUGUUAUGGGGGAAAAAAAGAAAAGACAACCAACCCUGUGAAAAGCAACAACAAGAUAAAACCCCAACCCUAUCCUCCAGGAGUGUUCCUCUGUCUGCACAAUAAAGCCCCAGGUUGUGUGUUGGA